AUGCAAUCUCCAUCGAAGGAAAAUCCCGACCUCCCUGCGGUACCACCGCCGCCAUCAGAUUCCCGUCCAGCGAAAGAGGUUGCCCGUGGUCAGUCAAUGGAGAAAGUUGACCUGCCAUUAAAAGGGUCCGGUACUGCUAGGAAAAGCAGAACAGCGGCACUGGCAGUGAUCUACGCCGCAAUGACUUCUCUGUGGGUGUUAAGCAGCAUGUAUCUGCAUCCGGCGGUACAGCGCCUGCCUCCGCCGCCGCCCCCGUGGCGGUACCACGCCUUCCUCAACUUCCGGGGGCUGGACGUCCGCCACUCCUUCUCCGACCACCUCUACUCGGCGCUGAAGCGGAGCGGGGUCAGGGCUUUCCGCGACGACAAGGACAUGCCACGGGGCGCCAACAUCUCGGAGACGCUCCUCGCGGCGAUCGAGGCCUCGAUGAUCUCCGUCGUGCUGCUGUCGAGCAACUACGCCUCGUCGCCGUCGUGUCUCGACGAGCUGGUGUGGUGA